AUGGUGUCAGCUGCAUCUACCAUAAACGCAACCCGCCUGUCCCUGGAAGAGGUCUUGCAAGUACUCCUGGUCUGCUUCCACGCCGCCGCCGAUACUGCCCCAAAGGCCAUCCCCGCAUACGCGAUCGAGUUUCACGAUCCUUCGGUCCCAGUCCCGAUCUGGAAGAUUUGGUCGAUAGAAGACCUAGUGUUCGCCCCGCCUGACCCCGAAGACCUCAGCCGUUGCACCUUCCUGCCACUGUGGUUGAACGACGCACUCUCGCGCUUUAACAUGUGCGACUGGUUCAGUCUUGUUCUAGAGGAGGAAGUGAACAGAGUGGUCAGGAAGCUAUUCAACGGACGUGCCCAGUGGUUGACAUAUUGGCCAAAGAUCGACCGCAUCUUGACGUGGCGCAGUAAUCCGAAUCAGCCUAUGGUGCUAAUGCACUCCGUGCUGUACGUCGAGAUGGGCGAUGGCAGACAGAUGAUCAUGGAUGGCACCUUGAGGCAAUAUCUUUGGGAAUCAUCGACUUGGCUUCAAACAUGCCAAGAGUGGUAUGUUGGACGCGUGGACUGGCGUCGUGGUUGGUUUUUUCCUUCGCAGAAGAUUAGAUGCUCGGCGGAGUAUGAAGCAGCACGUGCAGCAGGCGGAUACUGGGCCUUUGCCUUCGCGACAUUGACACAGUUGUUCGGCGACCUGGACUGGGAGGAGUUGAGGGGUUUGGGACCAGUCGAGCGACUCGAGCGCGUUAAGAGAAUGACUGAAGGAAAGCUCGCUGGAUUCCACGGAUGGGCCCCCAAGUUUGAAUGA